GCAUGUUUAGAGGAGGAGUUUCUCCAGUGAUUCUCGCCUGAAGAAUGACAAGAACUGAGACCAGAGAAACACCAACAACAAGAUGUCCAGAAGAGUGGAGGUGAUCAUCAACUCCUCAGCUCCGCAGGAUCAGGACGAGCCUCCUCUUCACAUCACAGAGUCGAAGCCCGGAGAGCAUCCAGGAGUGAAGGGCUUCCUGAAGUUCCACCCGGAGGUGCUGGGGUGGCUGGAGAUACUCACCGGUUCCAUGGUGUUAGGACUCGUCUAUUGGAAUUACGAUCUCUGGCUGUUAAUACCGGCUUGCUUUGUGAUUUUAAUAGGAGUUAUAACAGCUAUAGCUGCAUGCACCCGCAACCGCUGUCUGGUGAUCACGUCUCAGGUGCUGAAUCUGCUCAAUAUCUGCAAUGUGGUGACGGCCAUCGUCGCGUUUUUCGUCGUAGUCUUCUUGGGGAUUCUUAGGGAUGCGUUUUUUGGACAUUUACUGCGUGGUCAUUUCCUGAAUGGCCGUUCUGAGAGUAAUCAGUCUCUGCCCGCAAACAUGGCCUUCGUCACCUGUAACAUUCUGGCGCUCAUCUUCUCAUUUCUCAUCAUCAUGACGUUGUGCUGCUGGUGUAAACCGAGAAAGCGUCUGAUGGUCAUCCACAUGAACGCAGCUUCACCUGCAGCGGUCAGUGACGUCGUGGAUCACCCGCGGCCAGUAUCUUCCCCCCCGGCCUACAGUCCGGUCCCGUCUUCAGAUCCGCCGGACUACGAGGAGGAACGACGCUCGAUGCUCUCUGGAGUUUCUGCUCAGAAGUGGGCCUCGAGGAAAUGGAAAGAAGAACUGCAGCGCAGCAGAAAACCCAUCCAAGUCUGACCGGACAGUCAGAUUUCUAUGCUCUAAAGUAGAGCUUUAAUGACCUGUGUUUUAUUCGAGCUCUUGUCGUGUUCUCAGGGCUCAGUUCAGGGCCCUUUAUUAGUAGAAUGUCUAAUAUCAUAACACUAGUUUUCACUUGCAUCAGAUGAACAACACAGAGAACAUUCACUGGUGGAUGCCACAGAACUUUCUGGAAGACAUGGGAACUUUUUGGCUGAAAUGAUGCACAUUAGAUUUUUUGUGUCCUUGUUUUUAAAAAGCGACCACAUUAGAAAACAUCUUAUGUGGAACUCUGCACAUGUGCAUUAUGAAAUAUUCAGGGUUUCUGCAGGUCUUAAACUGUCCUUCCACAAAUUAAGGCUUAAAAAGGUCUUAAAUCAGAGCAAAAAAAUCUUAAAUUCAUAAAGUCAUGCCAUGAACUGCAAAAAAUUUAUAUCUUCCUCAGUAUUUUUGUCUUGUUUUUAAGUUCACAUAUCUAAACAUCCUGAAAUCAAGAAAUGAAGUCUUGCUUUUUUAAGAAAUGUAUCAAUAUGAAGGGAGUUUAUGGGAAAUGAAAAUGUGUUUCCCUGAAUUAAGUUGAUUUUUAUCUGUUGGACUUUGUGUUUUCAUGCUUUGAAGUGUUGCUAAUGUAACUCAUUUGUGUUUAGAACAUAGUGAAGUAACGUGUUCCCUUUCAUUUAUUCCUUUAAUUUUCUUUACUUUGUCUCAGAAAAGUCUUAAACUUGCCUUCAGAGAACUUACAGAAACCCUGAUAUGCAGGAUUUUAGCAUUAUUUGAGGGUAAGAAACAAUGUUUAAGUGAGAUUCUGAAACAGGGUGUUGAAAUGUGAGUAGUUUUAGAGCGUAUUUCAGUAUUUGGAUCAGGAGCUGUACUUGCAUGACUGAAAAAAGCUGUCCCAAGAUGACCACUGAGAUAUUAUUUAUGAUAUUUGCUCACCUGCGGACAGUUAGAAACACAGGAAAAGUGUCUUAAAGUGCUUCUGCAUUCCCUCAAUCUCAGACACGCUCUUCUUAUGUGCUAUGUAACUAUUUAUGUAAUUUUAGUUUCUUAGUUUUCUUUUAAAUGCAUUUGAAUGUACACACAAGCACUUUGUAAAGCGUUUUGAAGAUGCACUUUAAAGUUCAUGUAUUAUUAGUAGUGUUAUUGUUGUACAAAGGACAGUUUCCAAACUCUGCUGGUUUCUCAUCAGAGUUUUGCCAUCUGAUUCAUUCAUGAUCUAUUGGAGAAAUUCAUCAUUUGCUCACCCUCAAGUUAUUCCAGUGAGUUUCUUUCUUAUGUUGAGCACUUUAUUAUAUUGCUGGCAGCCACUGACUUUAAGAGAAUGGAAAGAAACACUAUGAAGUCAAUGGCUACCAGCAACUGUUUGGUUGCCAAAAUUCUUCAAAAUAUCUUCUUUUGUGUUCAACAGAAGAAAGAAACUCAUACAGGGUUGAAACAAGCGGAUGAUGACAGAAUUGUGAUUUUUGGGUGAACUAUUCCUUUAAGGGCCUGAUCAGAUGUUCUUCAGGCCUCACUACUUUGUUCUGACACUAGAGGUCAGUGUCCUCAAUGUUUAGUGACCAACACUUCAUCUACACAUAUUUCUCUUUACACAACUUUAGAACUUCUGGAUUCAUAUAAAUGAUAUAAAAUCCA